CUAUGUAGUAGUGAAUUAGUGAUAGUAGGGCAUAUAUAGGUGCGGGCAUAGGGACAUGUCUCAGGUACUAAACGAUGUGACCGUGCGAUAGAUGGUAGUAAGUGAAGCUAUCAGACCACAUCUCUCCUAUAUUAAAUAAACAAUAUUGUUUAAGCUCAUGUCAAAAUAAAUAAAUAAAUAAAUAAAAAUAAACAAAUAAAGCAAAUAUACUGAUCCCUAAAUCCACCCAAAUUCUGUACGAAACAUUUUUAAGCAUCACACUAACUUUUACUCCAUGUAUGUGUGCUAGUCAUGAGGUACUUGUUUAGUGUUAUAGGAGAUAUUUUGUUGCGGUUGUAGGGGUUAGUUAGUAAUAUAGGGAUUACUUUGUUAGUGUUGUAAGAGUCACUUUGUUAUUUAAAAAGUAUUGUACUAUAAUAAUGGGUUAAUCUGCUAAUGUUUUUUUACAAACGUUAUACGAUGUGGCUAGCUGCACAGAAAACACGUUGUAAGCAUUAUACCCCUCCAUUUUUUUAAUUGCAACAACUUCUUUUUUUUUUUUUUUUUUUUUUUUUGUGUGUGUGUAAUGUAACACUUAACUCAAUUGUUCAUAUUUUGAUAAUGCAACAUUCUUCUAAAUGAAAAUAAUCUAGCUACACUACUUCAUUAUUUCUCUCUUUUUUCAUGGUCUUAUUCAUACUUUUUAUUAUUCUCUUAUCUCACAUUUAUUUAUUAUUUCUAAAUAAAUUAUUCAUCAUGACCCACUUUUUCUUUCUAUAAUUUCUAAUUCUUCAAUAAAUCACACUUACAAGUAUUUUAACAAAUUUAACUCAAUCACCUAAAAGUCUAUAUCGAUCAAAAUAUUGCAUUAAAAAAACCGUAUGGAGUAAUCACCUAGUCACCCAUUUUCCCCAAUUAGUGUACGUGUGAAAAAGAAAGGAAACCAAAACUUGUGUGAGCUGCUUUACUUGCUCUCUUCAUUCUCCUCUUUCUGCCAUAUCAUCAUCUUCAGGCGCACCUACCCUAAGCUAAGCUACUACUACCCCUAUCCAAUAAUAACUCUCUAUUAUUCCUUUUGCUAUUUCAUUGCUCUCUUAUUUUUGGACUAACUUACAUCUUUCUCUUUUGCAUUUAUUUUGUUAUAUUACUUGUUCUAAGAUAUUUUUACUCCUUUCUUCUUGCAUUUAUUAUAUUUGUACUAGCUUGGUAGUAUUAGCAUCUUAUCUUUUGCCUUCCUUUUUACAUUUACCUUGCUUUUUGUGUCACACCCCUCCUCAAAAAUAAAAAAUAAGUGUUCUAGGGCUUUUGAGUUCAUCUUUCAUUCAUUCAAUCUCCAUUGAUAUUAUUCAACAUUAGUUUGGUUAACUAGCUUAAGGCUAGUGCUUCAUAAUAUGCUAGGAUCUUCCUCUUAUAGCUCUGAGGAAGACCGAGAUCACGAACGAUCUUCACCGUUGGAUCUACCUCAACCUCAACCACAACCACAACCGCAACCGCGACCACCACUAAGGUUAUUAGACUAUCAACGUUUGUUGACUAGUAGUAGUAAUAUAGCUAAUACUACUACUUCUGCUGCUCUUCCUUCAUCAUCUUCGGUUGUACUAUCUUCGACACCGCCUACGUUGUUAUCAACAUCACCACAAUCUUCAGUGAUUCAUCCACGGCAGUUGUUGGUUACUUGUGCUGAGCUUAUAUCUCGGUCCGAGUUCUUCUCAGCUAACCGUCUACUCUCCCUUAUAUCCACUGAUUUCGCCUUACAAUUUGGCGACUCCACUGAAAGACUAGUGUAUUAUUUUUGUAUAGCCUUAAGAGAGCGUAUCAAUCGUCAUUUAUUAUCAACUACAACUUGUGUUAUGAACCCUAGUAUUAAUAUUCCUGUUACACUAGCUCAUCAACGUCCCAUUUUUUCAUCAUCAUCCCCUCAAAUUAUAUUACCUAAUCAAAUUCCAAGACCUUCUAGAAUAGUAGAACAAGAUGUUACAACUAGAUAUUCAUCUUAUCUUUCCCUUAAUCAAGUUACUCCGUUUAUCCGAUUCACCCACUUGACCGCCAACCAAGCGAUCCUAGAAGCCGUGGAGGGUUACUCAUCGAUCCAUAUCCUCGACAUGAACGUCAUGCACGGCGUUCAAUGGCCUCCGUUGUUGCAAGCCAUCAUGGAGCGGUCGAGUACCCUAGGUCGGUCGUGUCCUACAAUACGGAUCACGGGGGCUGCCCGUGAUCCAAGUCUCCUAGACCGCACUGGGGACCGGCUUAGGAGGUUUGCCGAAUCCCUAGGCCUCGAGUUUGAGUUUUGUGAUCUGAUACUUUAUGAUUCCGAAGUAGUUGAUCACUCUGAGGCGGUGAUCCAUGCUUUGAUGGAUCACCGCCUCAGGUUUGAUCAAGUGAAGGAAGCCCUUGCAAUUAAUUGUGGGGACUACCUCCACUGCCUCCUGAGAGAAUACGAUACACGUUCCCUUAGGAGGUUUCUCCACAAGGUCAAGACCUUAAACCCCAAGGUCUUGACCUUGGGAGAACGAGAGGCUGAUCAUAACCACCCUCUCUUUUUGGGAAGGUUUGUAGAGGCAUUGGAUCACUACGGAGCCGUGUUUGAUUCCCUAGAGGCCACCCUACCUCCGCAAAGUCGAGAGAGGGUGGCGGUUGAGGAAGCAUGGUUCGGGGAGGAGAUAAAAGACGUCGUGGGGGAGGACGGGGAGAGGAGAAAAGAUAGACACCAACGGUUCGAGUCAUGGGAAAUAGUGAUGCGGAGUUCCGGGUUCAAGAGUCUAGCCUUGAGUCCGUUUUCGUUGUCUCAAGCUAAGCUGUUGCUUAGGCUUCAUUAUCCUUCCGAAGGAUACCAACUUCAGGUUGUUAAAAAAAAUUGUUUGUUUCUUGGGUGGAAAAAUCGCCCUCUUUAUUCUGUAUCUUCUUGGCAAUAAUUAGGUCUUCAUUUUUUUUUUCUUCAUAUAUUUUCUUCAAUUUUUGUUAAUUUGAAACUUUAUUUGGUAAUGGUGAUAUAUAUACAUUCCAUAUGAUUUUCUAAAACAGGUUUAAUAUAUGGGGUAAUCAUCAUCACCUCAAAAUUACAAAAAGGUUAGCUAACUUUGGCCUUGUGAUCAUCUUGAAUUUUGCUAGGGUUUUUCUCAAUUAUUUUUAGUAUAUAUAUAUACCCUUCAUUUGUU